AUGGAGGGUAAACAACAACGUGGUCGGGGCCGUGGGCGUGGACCCAGGCAAGUCCAGGAUCAAGAAGAGAAACAAGGAUCUGUAGCAAAUCAGAGCCAGGGACCUGGAGGUGAAGAAAGGGACCAGAUAGUUACGGCUAUCAAUCGUAUCACCAGUAAGGUCAAGUGCCCGAAUGUGCCUCCUCCUAAGUUUGGAAGAGGCACGGGUGGAGUUCGAAUCUCAGGGACACCGAGAGGAGCUCCAUCCAGAGGGGCACAAAAUAGAAGAGAACAACAGAGGAUUGUCUCCCAAGGAGCUCUUGCACCAGCUCCUCGAGUAAGCUAUGGAUAUUGUGGUAAAACACACCACAUCGAGUAUACUUGCUGGCGAAAGAUGAAGAAAUGUCUCCGUUGCGGAAGUUCCGAGCAUCAGAUUGCCACCUAUCUUGUUAAAACCCGUGAAGAAAAUGAGGGUUUGCAGCUAGAGAAGUCAAACCCUAAGCAACCUACUGCUAGUGGGAGCAGACCGAAAGUUUCUGCGAGGGUUUAUGCCUUGGAUCAUCAGCGAGCUCCUGAGUCAUCUGAAAAGGUGGUAGGUAUGAUUCCUGUAUUCCACCGCUUAGCUAAGCUUUUAAUUGACCCUGGGGCAACCCAUUCUUUUGUAAAUCCUACCUUCAUGUAUGGUAUUGAUGUGAAUCCAGUUAAAUUACCCUAUGAUUUGAAAGUUAGAACACCUACUGAGGAUCAAAGCCUAAUUACCAACAUAAUUUAUAAAAAUUGUGAGGUUUGGGUCAGAGAACGGAAGUUGAUAGUAGAUUUGAUAAAUUUAGACCUCAAGGGGUAUGAUGUGAUUAUGGGAAUGGAUUGGUUGGCUCGUUAUAAUAUUUAA